AUGUCAAAAAAUUUCUCCGACAUUGUCGAAAUGAAAACUGAUUGUAGUAUAACUCAGUCUUUUGAUGCAAUAAUGAAUUGUUGGAGUAUGGGUUCUCAGAUACGAAAUCGUUAUAGAUAUGGAGAGAACAAAGAUUGUUCCGAAAAGUGGCAAGAUUUUAAGUUUUGUUUUAGAGUAAAAAAGGAAGAUGAAGAGGGUCGAAAGCGGCUAUUACAAGAACGGCAACGAGAAAAAGAUGCUAAAAAGGCAAAAGAAAAAAAUUCAUUGGAUAUCUGGGAAUUAAGAGAAAAACCAUUGGAAAAUUUCCUACCAGAAAUUCCGAAAAAAGAUGCGACGUUUAGAUCCUAA